CGCGGUGCAGUCGCAGUCGUGUUCCGGGCUCGGCCAGCCAGUUAGGACAACACAGUGUUUAAAAAAUCAUCGCUGUAUAUCGUCUCCCUCGUUUUGACCACACAUUUGUCACACGGGCCGCGGAGUAGGGAUUCUGGGACGCUUUGAUUUCAGCAGCAAAGAGGAUGAACUUCAUCAGAGGAGUGAUAGGCGGACAGGCACCCGGGCCGCAGCCGUCUGGAGCGGAGACGAUCCAGAAGCUGUGUGACAGGGUGGCCUCCUCAACACUACUAGAAGACCGAAGAGAUGCUGUGCGGGCGCUCAAGUCCCUCUCUAAGAAAUAUCGCAUGGAAGUUGGAACACAGGCAGUGGAUCACUUGAUUAACAUACUACAAACUGACAGGUCAGACUCUGAAAUCCUGGGCUAUGCUUUGGACACACUUUACAACAUCAUCUGCAACGAUGAAGAAGAGGAGCAAGAUGAAUCAGAAGAUGCAGUAACCCCUCUCCCUCUAUCAGGGAAGCAUAAGAAUGUGUCCGUGCCUGAUGAGACUAUCCAGAAGCAGGCAGAUGAUUUGGGUGCCCAGUUUACAGAGACUUUCAUCCAGGACCCUGAACAUGUGACCCUUCUCCUCACUGUGUUGGAGGAGUUUGACUUUCAUGUCCGUUGGCCGGGAGUGAAGCUGCUGACUGCUCUCCUGAAGAAUCAGGGUGUCCAAGUCCAAGGCAUCAUCCUGGUCAGCCCUAUGGGCGUUUCCAGAUUGAUGGACUUGUUGGCUGACUCCAGAGAAGUAAUCCGCAAUGAUGGACUGUUGUUGCUUCAGCAACUGACCAAAGGCAACGCUGCCAUUCAGAAAAUUGUGGCGUUUGAGAAUGCAUUUGAGCGUCUUCUUGAUAUAAUAACAGAAGAGGGCAGCAGUGAUGGAGGUAUUGUGGUGGAAGACUGUUUGCUGCUGCUGCUUAACCUGCUAAAGAACAACAGCUCCAACCAAAAUUUCUUUAAGGAGGGCUCCUAUAUCCAGAGAAUGAAACCCUGGUUUGAGGUGGGUGAUGAUAAUUCUGGCUGGUCUGCACAGAAGGUCACCAACCUCCACCUCAUGCUUCAGCUGGUGCGAGUUAUGGUGUCUCCAGUGAACUCUCCUGGAGCAACAUCGAGUUGUCAGAAGUCAAUGUUUCAGUGUGGCCUCCUGCAGCAGUUGUGCACCAUCCUCAUGGCCACUGGAGUGCCUGCUGACAUCCUGACUGAGACUAUCAACACUGUAUCAGAGGUUAUCAGGGGCUCACAGGUCAACCAGGACUACUUUGCUUCUGUCAAUGCCCCUUCAAACCCACCAAGACCAGCUAUUGUGGUCCUCCUCAUGUCCAUGGUGAAUGAGAGACAACCAUUCGUACUUCGCUGUGCUGUCCUCUACUGUUUCCAGUGUUUUCUCUCUAAAAACCAGAAAGGCCAGGGGGAAAUUGUGGCAACACUGCUGCCUUCCACCAUCGAUGCCAACUCUAUCUCAGCGGGCCAGCUGCUUUGUGGAGGCCUGUUCUCAGCAGACUCUCUGUCAAACUGGUGUGCUGCUGUGGCCUUGGCUCAUGCCCUGCAGGACAAUCUUACCCAGAAGGAGCAGCUGCUGAGGGUUCAACUUGCCACCAGCCUGGGCAAACCCCCGGUCUCUCUGCUGCAGCAGUGCACCAACAUCCUUUCCCAGGGAGAUAAGAUCGCCCGGCGGGGCAGUAAAGUGCAGACGAGGGUGGGCCUCCUCAUGCUCCUGUGUACCUGGAUCAGCAACUGUCCCAUCGCUGUCACACACUUUCUACACAAUCAGGAAAAUGUUCCUUUUCUAACAGCUCAGAUCUCAGAGAACCUUGGAGAAGAUGAAAGGCUAGUUCAGGGCUUGUGUGCGCUGCUUCUUGGCAUCUGCAUCUAUUAUAACGACAACUCACUGGAGAACUACACCAAAGAGAAGCUAAAGCAGUUGAUCGAGAAGCGCAUCGGAAAGGAAAACUUUGUUGAGAAACUCGGCUUCAUCACUAAACACGAGCUGUACUCGCGGGCCGCCCAGAAGCCGCAGCCCGUCUUCCCGUCUCCAGAGCAGAUGCUGUUUGAUCACGAGUUCACCCGGCUGGUCAAAGAACUGGAGGGUGUAAUCACCAAAGCAGUUCACAAAUCCAGUGAGGAGGAGAAAAAGGAGGAGGAGGUGAAGAAGACGUUAGAGCAACAUGACAACAUUGUUACUCAGUACAAAGAGCUGAUUAGAGAACAGGAUGCUCAGAUCCAGGAGCUCAAAGAGCAGGUGGCGUCCAUGUCGUCCCAGAACGAGCAGAUGCAGGCGACAGUCACGCAGCAGCUGUCCCAGAUUCAGCAGCACAAAGACCAGUACAACAUCCUCAAGCUCAAACUAGGUAAAGACAACCACAGUCAGUCUUGCAGCCAGGGAGACGGCUCUCAGGUGAACGGGCUGCAGACAGAAGAGCUGACGCAGCUUAAAGAGGAGGUGGAGGAGCUCCGCAAACAACACGCACUCCUUCAGACGCUGCUCAAGGACAAAGAUGCACUCAUCGACUCUCUGAGGCUGGAGGCAGCACAGCCAGUGGAGGGUUCAGCACGAGGAUCAGAAAACACAGAACUACUCAAGGAGCUGGAGGUUUUGAGGAGUCAGUCUCAGUCUCAGUCGGUAGAAAUCGACCAGCUGAAGACGGAAAAACAGGAACUCGUCAGAAAAGCUGAAGCUGGAUCCUCAGACACGGUCCCCAGCAGUGCCGGCUCAUUAGACACAGCGAAGUUGGCAGAACUGGAGAGCAGACUCACAGCACAGACAACUGAAACAGAAAGACUCAAGGAGGAGACAAAGAGCUUGGUGAAGAGCCGAGCCGACCUUGAGCAGCAGUUGGCUUCAGCCACCAGCACAGUGGCCAUCCUGCAGACGGAGAAAUCAAAGCUACAAACGGAGGUUCAAGAGUCCAAGAAGGAGCAGGAUGACCUGCUGAUGCUGCUGGCAGACCAGGACCAGAAGAUCCACAGUCUGAAACAGAAACUCAAAGACCUGGGAGAAACGGUGGAAGAUGAAGACGACCUUGACACCAGGGACCAAACAGACGAUGACGACGAGGACGAGGAGGACGUCGAGGACUAAAGGAUGAACACUGAAAGGAGAAUAAACAGAAGAGAUAUAUAUGUCUGCCAGCAGGCAAGAAAAGACUUUACAGAAGCGCGUGAGAAACUGGAGAAUAGGACUAAUAUAUUGAAGGAGUUUCUCCUCCCAGCUGCCAUGCCAUCUUCACCUCUCUUCAGUUUUCAGUGACGACAUAAGGAAUUGAACACGUCAGUGCAUUCAUCUGUUUCUCUUCCCAUCAGUUCACGAUGGAUUUUACCGAUCACGUGUUGUAUUGUAACAUAUUUUCACAUAUUAUGUGUUCACACAAGUUAAAAACAAACACAACUCCAGGUUCAUUUUAAGUGCACAAGAGUUUUCCGGAGCGUUUGUGGAGGAGGAGGAUUACAAAUGUAGCAAGAGAUGCAACAAAGAACACAUUUGACAUUCUUCUCAAUUUAUCGUAUAAAUGCUGGCGAGCUCCUCAGACAGGCUUGUGGCCCCGCCCCCCCCCCCCAUGCAUCAGAAUCCGCUGCAACAUGUCACUGUGCUGUACCUUGAAUUCAUCUGCCUUCAUGCCAGUGUCAGUUCCACUUUGACGACACGUAACGUAACUGCUCUGCGAUAUGCUGCAAAACACUGACGGAAAAAGAUAUUUUUGCAACUUUCUUUGUCCAGUACUGGCGUUCAGCUUCUGUAUGAUGCUGUGUAACUUAUCAAUUUAUGAGCCACAUUGAAAUGAUGGUCUGUUUGCCUGUAUGGAGAAGUAAUUGUAGAUAAAUUAAAUUUUACUAAAUCCA